AUGGACUCGUUGGACAGUCUUUCUGGACUAAUCGACAAGGAUGAGUACUUAACGAAUGUCCUUAUCGAUGCUCGGAAAGCAUGUUGCUCUUUGAUAGAUAUUGUUGCAAAUGGAUUGAAAUAUGCCUUAAUUGUGACUAAAAGUGAAUAUGAAAAAAUAAAAGCAAUAGAGCAAGAUGAAGAUAAAGAGCCAAGAAUACAAGAGUUAUAUCGAAAUAAAUGCAAAGAAAAUACAAAAAAUCAUGGACAGAGACACAUCAACAAAAUAGAUUUUGGUGACAGUAAUUAUAAAUCAGUGAGCAAAUGCGAAAAGAAGAAAUCUUAUACAAAACCCAACUCCGAAGAGAAACACGAACGUCACUCACGACGCAAUCAUCGUCAUCAUCAAAAUGUAACUUUCAAGGAUACAUGGUCAGAAUCUGGUGCAACGACAAGCGAUAGGCAGAUUAAGAUAAUCGAUGAGAUAUGCGAAAAGAAGAAUGUAACAACUUUGCAUGAUACUUCUCCAAAAAAGAUGAUUCACAAUGUAACAGAUAACAAGAUGAACGAUAGUAUUGAUCUACAACAAGAAAAAUUCAUUAGAAAUCAUAAAAACUAUGCUGCAGAAAAUACUAGGUUUUAUUAA